CAAGAAGAUCGUACAUUACUACGAGGUUGGCCGAUAAAUUAAAAUUGAAGCCUCUUCAUUAUGAAACGAUUAGAAUUUCUACGAUUUGUUCCGAAGCUCCUCGAGAAAUUUCAACCAAGAUUCCAGAUUCAAGAAAUUCAAGCUCGCUGAAGUUGAUAAAAAUCUUGUACCUGAACUCCUGAUUGGAAAUGACUACAUGUUCGAUUUUAUGGUCAUGGAAAAAGUAAUUAUUGAUGAUUCAACUUCGUUAAUCAAUUCGAAAUUUGGAUGGCUGGUUGUUGGUCGAAUCGAUAAAAACCACGAAACUCCAGUUUUCUUCUCCGAGAUUGAAAUGGUAGAAAACCUAUGGAAAUUAGAUGCGAUUGGGAUAGAUGAUUCAACCUCAGUGGAGGAUAUUGGCGAUGAACUUGUGGUAAAAAGUUUUUAUGAUAAUAUAGAAUUGAUAGAUAAUCGUUAUGAAGUAGCUUGGCCCUGGAAAGAGUACCCUCCUGAUUUAAAAUCGAACAAAGGGCUCGCCUACGGUCGUUUGAAAUCUCAGAUGAGAAAAUUCGAAAAGAACAAAGAAUUAUUCGACGAAUAUGACAAAGUGAUCAAAUACCAAGAGUCUCAAGGUAUUAUCGAACGAGUCAACGAAUCUAUCAACGAUAAAGAAGAUUUAGUUCAUUAUCUUCCGCAUCACGAAGUUCUGACACCAGGUAAAAGUACCAGUUUACGAGUUGUUUAUGACGGUUCUGCAAAAUCUCGAAAAAUUGAUAAAAGCUUAAACGAUUGUAUUUUUCGUGGUCGUGUUCUUUUGGAAACGUUAUGCGGUUUGAUUUUGCGCUUAAUGUUGAGAUGUUUUGUAUUAACUUCUGAUAUUGAAAAAGCAUUUUUGCAAAUCGGUUUGAAAUUACGUGAUCGCGAUUUUGUUAGAUUUAUUUGGAUAAAAGAUUUUAAUAAACCGCUAAACUUCGAUAAUUUGAUUAUAUUUCGCUUUACUAAAAUUCCGUUCGGUGUUAUUGCUAGUCCGUUUUUGUUAACUUUAACAAUAAUUUUUCAUUUAAAUCAAUAUGAUUCGAAGUUCGUUCCGCUAUUACUAAGAAGUUUUUAUGUGGAUAAUCUUAUCUUGAGUGUCGAUUCGGUAGAUGAAGCUAUUGAUCUUUAUAAUUUUUCAAAAUCUUGUUUUAAUGAUGCUUCGAUGAAUUUACGUAAUUGGGUUACGAAUUGUAAUGAACUUAAAAAUGUUUUAAAACCAGAAGAUCGUUUAGAUGUAUCUGAAAUUAGUAUUUUAGGGUUAAAAUGGAAUGUUAAAAAUGAUACUUUUGUGAUUAAUCAUAAACUCACUAAUUCGACUAUUAUUAUUACAAAACGUGAAGUUGUAAAAAAGGUAUCCUCGAUUUUUGAUCCGUUAGGUUUUUUGUGUCCUGUUGUUUUACCAGCUAAAUUAUUUAUUCGAUAUUUAUGGGGCAAAAACUUAGAUUGGGAUGAUGUUUUAGAUGAGAAAGAUCAAAAGUCGUGGAAAGAAUUAUUAGAUAACUUGAAAUGUAUUUCGAAUGUAGAAAUAGAUCGGUACGUAUUUCGUGGCACUAAUGCUUGUAAUGAUUUUGAUUUACAUUGUUUCGUUGACGCGUCUCAAAAAGCUUAUGCUGCAACUGUUUACGUUAAGAAAAAUAAUUUAACUCGUCUCGUUUUUGCUAAAUCUCGUCUCGCUCCUCGCAAUAAUUUAACUAUUCCAAAGUUAGAAUUGUUAGCUAUAUAUAUCGGUAGUCAAAUCGUGAAUUUCGUUAAGAAUGAAUUUUCUGAUGUUAAUAUCAAAAAUAUUUAUGUAUGGUCCGAUUCCAAAUGUGUAUUAUCAUGGUUAUGUUCGAAAAAAGUUUUGCCCAAAUUUGUAGAAAGAAUUGUGAAGAAAAUUGAUAAAUCGUUCAAUUAUCGCUACGUUCCAUCUGCUGAAAAUCCUGCUGAUAUAGCCAGUCGCGGUGCAGAAGUGCAAGAUUUGAAUUCGUUCUGGUGGGAAGGCCCCACAUGGUUGAAAGAGAUGGAAGUUGCUUGGCCAAAGGCAAUGAAUUUACAAUUUGAAUCCGAACCUGAACCUGAACCAGAACCAGUACUUAUCUCCAAUAAUACAGCUGUAAUUCAGCCUCCUUUUAAAAUCGAUUGUACUCAAUUUAAAACCCUCAACUAUCUACUUGAUGCAACGUUAAGCUACAUGAAAAAUGUCAAUCCGAAUAAUAUUGUUCAGAAAACCGAAGAAGCUUUCAACCAGUGGAUUAUGUAUAUCCAAAACAAAAAUUAUCCUGAUAUUUCGCAACCUAAUCCGCUUGGUUUAAAACGUGAUUCUCAAAAUAUUAUACGUUGUCAUGGACGCCUGGUUGAAUCAUGUCUCGACGAUAAUGCAAAGUUUCCAAUACUUCUACCUGAGAAAGAAUAUUUCACUCACUUAUUAAUUGAAAAAAUUCAUAUCGAUAACUAUCAUGUUGGCGUUUCGCAUACUCUCUCUGAAUUGAGAAAAAAUUUCUGGAUUCCAAAAGGCAGAUCGACGGUGUACUACGUUCUAAAAAAAUGUGCUAACUGCAAAUACUACGAUGGUGGUCCAUAUAAAUAUCCUGCAAUUCCUCCGUUACCUGAAUUUCGUGUAAAUCAAAGCAGUCCGUUUUCCUGUUGUGGUAUUGGCGUAUCGACACAUUUGGUCCUUUAUACGUCAGUGAUAACUCAGUCCAGAAAAAAGUAUUUGUUAGUAUUUUUGUUUGUAUGAUUACGCGUGCGAUUCACUUAGAACUUUUAGAGAAUAUGACCACUCAAGAAUUCCUACUCGCUUUUCGUAAUUUUAUAGCAUUACGCACAAUUCCAAAAUUCGUAAUAAGUGACAACGCGCCACAAUUUAAAAUAACCAAAUCAGCUUUUGAAAAUCUUUGGCAACAAAUAAUUUCUGAUAAUGAUGUAAUAGAUUUUUGUAAAAAUAAUUUGAUAGAAUGGAAACUGUUGCCUGAAUAUGCCCCGUGGCAUGGCGGUUUUUACGAAAGAUUAAUCGGUAUAGUGAAAAUGUCGCUAAAGAAAACAAUUUUUAAUUGUAUAAUAACAGAAAAUCAAUUGAGAACCGUGUUGUAUGAAGUAACUUCUGUUAUUAAUUCGCGUCCUAUUGUUUACGUAGGUGAAAAUGAUAGUAAUGUAUUAACACCUAAUGAUUUGAUGAAUACCAAAUUCGAUUUUAUUCCGGAUAUUGAUAAUGUUAAAAAUAUUAAACGUGAUGUAAUCGUAAAUUUAUGGAAAAGAUCUAACGAUAUUAUUAAUCAAUUUUGGAACGUUUGGAAAUUUCAAUAUUUAACUAGUCUUCGUGAACGUAAUAUUAGUAUAAAACAAAAGAAAAAUGUAGUAGACUUAGUUCCUAAAGUAGGAGAUAUCGUAUUAAUUGAAGGUGAUAAAAAAUUUUGUCCUAGAGGAGAGUGGAAAGUUGGUAAAGUAAUUAAUGUUAAUGUUAGCUCAGACAGUAAUGUUAGAUCAGCAAUCGUUGAAACUAAAAAUUCUAAACUUACCCGUCCCAUUAACAAAUUGUAUCCCUUGGAAACAUCGUAAUUUUUCUCGUUUAUACUUAUUAUUUUAAAUUUAAAAAUUCGUUUUUUUUUUUUUUCGUCGGGAGUGUCGCGGAUUCGCGGUUAUUAAUUAUAUUUGGCUAUGUUUUUGUUAUAUUUAAAGUUCGCGAUCUCGAUAAUAUUCGGCUGCUAGGUUUGUUAUCUUGAAGAUUCAAAAGUUUUUGUUAUUGUUUUUAUUCGAAAAUAAAUAGAGUACGAAAAGGGUUCGUAUUGAAGCGAUUAAA